AUGGCUGGGAACAGAAGAAGAGCUCAACAAGAUGUGAUUCCAUUUGACGUCGCAAGAGUUGAAGCACUCAGCUUUAUUCACCGGGGAGAAGACAAGCCAGGAUGUGCUGAGAAAGACGUAGACCCAAUUAUAGGAAAGGGUUUAUAUGCUGAGAAGGCUUAUCAGCAAGGAGAGUUUAUUCUGGAGUACGCAGGGGACCUCAUCAGUCGCAAAGAGGGGAUCAGGCGUGAGAAUUCUUACCCCGCCAGUAAAGGAAGUUAUAUAUACUUUUUUGUCUGGGACAGCAAGAAGUACUGUCUGGAUGCAACGGAAUCAUCUAGAAGAGGCAGAUUUGCCAAUGAUGCAGGGCCUGAUGAUGUUCGUCAGAAUGCCACAAUGAAAUGUUUAUCCAGUAAAGGAAAACCUCAUUUAGCUCUUUUUGCAAAAAGAAAAAUAAAAAUUGGAGAAGAGUUAAGAUAUGAUUAUGGUGUGCCAGAUCUUCCUUGGAGGAAGCAGGGUCAAAUCAGUCAGGAUAGACAAGAUGAAACUGCCAGAAUCAUAAAGGACUUGCAAAAAAAAGAAUGCAGAGUGCUGCUUAAAAAAUUGCCAUUGGAUAUUGGUAGAGUGGUGUUUCAGUCUGAUUUGGUCAUGCAGCAGAGUGACUCACAGCCAGCAGAGUUCAGGCAAGAGUCACUAAAGGGGGAAAUUGUUCAAGAGGAGAUUGUUCAGGACCAACUUCAGGAGGUGAUUGUUCAAGAGUCACUGCAGGAGGUGAUUGGUCGAGACUCUGUACCAGAGUAUAUUGGACAAGACUCAGUGCCAGAGGAGAUUGGACAAGACUCAGUGCCAGAGGAGAUUGGACAAGACUCAGUGCCAGAGGAUAUAGGACAAGAUUCAGUGCCAGAGGAUAUAGGGCAAGAUUCAGUGUCAGAGAAGAUUGGGCAAGACUCGGUGCCAGAUGAUAUUGGACAGAACUCAGUGCCAGAGGAGAUUGGACAAGACUCAGUGCCAGAGUAUAUUGGGCAAGACUCAGUGCCAAAGGAGAUUGGGCAAGACUCAGUGCCAGAGGAUAUAGGGCAAGAUUCAGUGCAAGACGAUAUUGGACACGACUCAGUGCCAAAGGAUAUUGGACAAGACUCAGUGCCAGAGGAUAUUGGGCAAGACUCAGUGCCAGAGUAUAUUGGGCAAGACUCAGUGCCAAAGGGGAUUGGGCAGGACUCAGUGCCAGAGGAAAUUUGGCAAGAUUCAGUGUCAGAGGAAAUUGGGCAAGACUUUGCGCCAGAGGAGAUUGGGCAAGACUCAGUGCCAAAGGAGAUUGGGCAAGACUCAGUGCCAGAGGAAAUUGGGCAAGAUUCAGUGUCAGAGGAAAUUGGGCAAGACUUUGCGCCAGAGGAGAUUGGGCAAGACUCAGUGCCAAAGGAGAUUGGGCAAGACUCAGUGCCAGAUGAAAUUGGGCAAGACUCAGUGCCAGAAGAAAUUGGGCAAGACUUUGUGCCAGAGGAUAUUGAGCAAGACUCAGUGCCAAAGGAUAUGGGACAAGACUCAGUGCCAAAGGAUAUGGGACAAGACUCAUUGGAAGAGGGCAUUGGGCACGAGAUAAAUCCCAGCAGCAAUUUUACAACAUCCAGUCCAUCUUCCCAAACCAGUGGUGAGAAUGUCACAGCUGAUGAAAAACAAAAAACAGAUUGUCCCAACUCAGCAGGAAACAAAGACAAAUCUAAAACAUCCAGACCAAGAAGACCGUGUCCAUUUUGUGGAACAAUGGCUUCUCGUCUCACGGAUCACAUAAAAAGAAAACACAAGAUGGAAGAAAGUGUUAAAGCUGCAUUGGCAUUACCUAAGGAUUUGAGAGACAAGGAGUUUGAAAAAAUGAAAAAAGAGGGGAUUUUCAAAGCCAAUGCUGAUGUUCUUAUGAAAGAAAAUCCAGACUACAGCAAACUUAUGAAUCAGCGAAGACAAGGGAAUGAUUCUUUGGCUAUGUGUUCCCUUUGUAAAGGGUUCUAUCACAAAAAGAUAAUUAACAGACACAAGAAAAGAUGUUCCUCUGCAGAAGGUACAACUGACUACCCAACAACAUGCAGUAUUAAACUUUUAGGUACCCAGCCAAUCUUUUCAGAUUCAUAUAUACUAGAAAUUUUGAAUUGUUUUCAUGAUAAUGAAGUUGGAGCUUUGAUUCGAUCUGAUGACUGGAUCAAAAGAUAUGGAUAUCUAUGCUUCCAAAAUUUUGAGGGCACUGAAAAAAGGACAGAAAAAAGGUCAUCUCUAAUGUCAAACCUUAGACGCCUAGCUCAUCUUUUCAUGGAGUUUAAACAGAUAGUUUCAAAAGAUAACCCAUGUAUAAAAUUGAAUUCAUGCAGCCAGAUGUUUGAUAGAGAUUUCAUUCUCUAUAUUCAAGAAGCUAUUUGUUCAAUGACAACAGACAAAGAAACAAAAGCAGUGAAAAAUGGCUUGAAAGUUUCUCUGCGUUAUCUGAUAUCUGAUGUUUGCAAGGUAAUGAGGGCAAAUUACCUUUUGCUGAAACAAGAUGAAAAAGCAGAAGAAAUGGCAAAAUUCAUUUCAGUUUUACAGCUGAUUUGGCCUUCCUUUUUUGCCAGUGCUGAGGAGUCAGUGGUUAAAAAGAGACAGUCAGAUUUAAGAAGGCCAGUCAGACUACCAAGUGAAAAAGAAAUAGAGCAGUUAAGGGACUGUACAAAAGAUAUCAUUGAGAGACUUUCCACAGAUAUGUAUGAAACUUUAGAUUAUACAAAAUUUAGCCAGCUACGAGAUGCUGUAGUAUGCAGAUUAACACUCUUUAAUGCCAGGAGAGGGGGUGAACCCAGCAGAAUGACCAUUAAAGACUGGGAAGAUGCCCUCCAAGACGUAUGGAUUGACCAAGAAAAAGUUGAGCAUGUUGAAGAUGACAUAGAAAAAAAGUUACUGUGUGAAAAUAAAAUAGCCUACAUACAUGCCUCCAAGGUUUCCAAGUUGGUGCCACUUCUGAUACCUAAAGACUGCUGGCAAGCUAUGAAAAUUUUAACAGAUUUUGAGGUGCGCAGAGGUGUUCAAAUUAAUGAGAAGAAUAAAUAUGCGUUUCCAAACAUGAAGCAUUCAAAGAAUCAUACUUCAGGGUGGAUUGCAGUUAAUAAUUUAUGCAAAAAAGCAGGGUUGGAGCAUAAUAUAAGUGCUACAGAUAUGAGACACUAUGUUGCCACUUCUUAUGCUCUGCUAGAUGUGUCACCAAAUGAUAGAGAAAUGUUUUACAAACACCUGGGGCAUUCAAAGCAAAUGAAUGAGAACGUUUAUCAAUGCCCUCCGGCUAUGAGAACAAUUACAAAAGUUGGAAAAUUUUUGAAUCAGUUGGAAGGCAACAUUGAUACAUCCCUUUCCAGCUCAAAGAAGUCGAGUGCCAAGGAAGUUGAUGUUGAAAUUCUCUCUGAAUUCAUUGAAUUAAUGGCACCAGAUAUUUCUUUGCCUGAAAUUCUGAACUUCUAUACCAAAAUUGAUGAAGAACAUGUGACUGUUAAUCCGGAGGAGUUAAAGCAAAGAAGAAGUUUAGUUUUAGAUAAAGAUGUACAGAGUCAAGCAAAAAAAUUCUUUACAGAUGAUGCCUGGCUAGGCAUAAUGAAUACAUUGACAGUGCUUGCUGCAGAUGUUGGGAAGUCUGAGGAAAACAAAAUACAAGAAGAAAACAAAGAACAUACCUCAGGGUUGAGGAGAACAAGAAGGGAUGAUGACAUUUCAGAAAAUGAGAUUCCUGGCCCUAGUGUUGUGAAACGUUCCAGGAAUGCCGUUUCUUACAUUUGUGAGGAUAGUUCCUCAUCUGAUGAACCAUCAGACAAGGAUGAUAAAGUAUCUACAGAUGAGGACACAACUGCCAAAGGCAAGAAACAUACCUGGUCAUCAAAUGAGGAUGCUGCUGUUAAAAGAUUUUUCAUUACAUAUAUUGAUGAUGUGUCUGAAUCUGGAAACAAGGGAAAAUUGCAAGUUUCAAGUGAUAUAUGCAGCUUUAUCCAGAGAUAUCCAGAAAUCCUUAAUGAAUUUCCCAGGAAGAAAAAAAUCCAUUUGAUCAGAACAAAAAUAAUGAAUCUCAGAAGACAGUCAAGGGAACGAUAUGAAAAAACCCAUGAAAUGAUGCACUGGUGUUGUUAUCAGUUGAGACUUGUUAACCUGCCCUGCUUGACUACCCAUGAAAUGAUGUACUGCUGUUGUUGUCAGUUGAGACUUGUUAACCUGCCCGGCUUGACUACCCAUGAAAUGAUGCACUGGUGUUGUUAUCAGUUGAGACUUGUUAACCUGCCCUGCUUGAGUACCCAUGAAAUGAUGUACUGCUGUUGUUAUCAGUUGAGACUUGUUAACCUGUCCUGCUUGACUACCCAUGAAAUGAUGUACUGCUGUUGUUAUCAGUUGAGACUUGUUAACCUGCCCUGCUUGAGUACCCAUGAAAUGAUGUACUGCUGUUGUUAUCCGUUGAGACUUGUUAACCUGCCCUGCUUGAGUACCCAUGAAAUGAUGUACUGCUGUUGUUAUCCAUUGAGACUUGUUAACCUGCCCUGCUUGAGUACCCAUGAAAUGAUGUACUGCUGUUGUUAUCAGUUGAGACUUGUUAACCUGCCCUGCUUGAGUACCCAUGAAAUGAUGUACUGCUGUUGUUAUCAGUUGAGACUUGUUAACCUGCCCUGCUUGAGUACCCAUGAAAUGAUGUACUGCUGUUGUUAUCAGUUGAAACUUGUUAACCUGCCCUGUUUGAGUACCCAUGAAAUGAUGUACUGCUGUUGUUAUCAGUUGAGACUUGUUAACCUGCCCUGCUUGAGUACCCAUGAAAUGAUGUACUGCUGUUGUUAUCAGUUGAGACUUGUUAACCUGCCCUGCUUGAGUACCCAUGAAAUGAUGUACUGCUGUUGUUAUCAGUUGAAACUUGUUAACCUGCCCUGCUUGACUACCCAUGAAAUGAUGUACUGCUGUUGUUAUCAGUUGAGACUUGUUAACCUGCCCUGCUUGAGUACCCAUGAAAUGAUGUACUGCUGUUGUUAUCAGUUGAGACUUGUUAACCUGCCCUGCUUGAGUACCCAUGAAAUGAUGUACUGCUGUUGUUAUCAGUUGAGACUUGUUAACCUGCCCUGCUUGAGUACCCAUGAAAUGAUGUACUGCUGUUGUUAUCAGUUGAGACUUGUUAACCUGCCCUGCUUGAGUACCCAUGAAAUGAUGUACUGCUGUUGUUAUCAGUUGAGACUUGUUAACCUGCCCUGCUUGAGUACCCAUGAAAUGAUGUACUGCUGUUGUUAUCAGUUGAGACUUGUUAACCUGCCCUGCUUGAGUACCCAUGAAAUGAUGUACUGCUGUUGUUAUCAGUUGAGACUUGUUAACCUGCCCUGCUUGAGUACCCAUGAAAUGAUGUACUGCUGUUGUUAUCAGUUGAGACUUGUUAACCUGCCCUGCUUGAGUACCCAUGAAAUGAUGUACUGCUGUUGUUAUCAGUUGAGACUUGUUAACCUGCCCUGCUUGACUACCCAUGAAAUGAUGUACUGCUGUUGUUAUCAGUUGAGACUUGUUAACCUGCCCUGCUUGAGUACCCAUGAAAUGAUGUACUGCUGUUGUUAUCAGUUGAGACUUGUUAACCUGCCCUGCUUGAGUACCCAUGAAAUGAUGUACUGCUGUUGUUAUCAGUUGAGACUUGUUAACCUGCCCUGCUUGAGUACCCAUGAAAUGAUGUACUGCUGUUGUUAUCAGUUGAGACUUGUUAACCUGCCCUGCUUGACUGCCCAUGAAAUGAUGUACUGCUGUUGUUAUCAGUUGAGACUUGUUAACCUGCCCUGCUUGAGUACCCAUGAAAUGAUGUACUGCUGUUGUUAUCAGUUGAGACUUGUUAACCUGCCCUGCUUGAGUACCCAUGAAAUGAUGUACUGCUGUUGUUAUCAGUUGAGACUUGUUAACCUGCCCUGCUUGAGUACCCAUGAAAUGAUGUACUGCUGUUGUUAUCAGUUGAGACUUGUUAACCUGCCCUGCUUGAGUACCCAUGAAAUGAUGUACUGCUGUUGUUAUCAGUUGAGACUUGUUAACCUGCCCUGCUUGAGUGUAUGA